AUGAAGAAGUUUGGAUUGCAGCUAAGACAACCACAGCAGAAAAAGCCACCAAGACCUCCGCCUCCUAAGGCGCUUGGAUUCGGCGUCGGGGACGACGACGACAACGUGGAGAAGGAGAUUUCACGGCAGGCUGCCAAGAACAAAUCUCUAAAAGAUAUUGAAGAACAGCAUAAGAAAGCAUUAGAAGAAGACCCGUCAGUGUUUGAUUACGACGGAGUGUAUGAUGAGAUGAAGCAGAAAAUUGCUCAGCCUAAAGCCCAAGAUCGUGAAAAGAGAGAGACUUUGAUGGAGAAGGCACAAGAACGAAAACGACAACAUGAAGUAGUAUUUGAGAAAAAUCUUGCUAAAGAGAGAAGUAAAGAUGACCACCUCUAUGCCGACAAGGACAAGUUUGUUACAGCUGCUUAUAAGAGGAAACUUGCUGAGCAGGAGAAAUGGAUGGAGGAAGAGCGUUUGCGUGAACUUAAAGAGGAGAAAGAUGAUAGAUCUCAAAUUGCUAUGUGGGUUCUUGAUGAAUUAGGCUCCAAGGAAGUAAUGCAUCAAGGUAUUAUAUAUUUGGAAGUUGGCCCAGAAACUGGCUUAAUGCCUGGUGAGGUUACAUAUUCUUCUAUCUUAGUUGCAAAUGCUAAACUAGGCAUGGUUGAGGAGGUGUUAAGCUUAGCUUACUGUGGCGUGUUUCAAGACCUAGCAUACUGUGGUGUGUUUUAUAAGCAGUCAAAUGUUACAAAGAAGAGUGACUUGAGUGACUUUUAUUUUAACCUUGGAAAAAAUGUUGCACUUGGUGCAAAAGACAUAGUGGCCAAGAAGCAAGAGAAGCAAACUGAAUUUAGGAAGCCAGAGGAGCAGGAUGAUAAAGUAGCUGGCAAAACCUCUGACAGAAGUCACGCAUUGACAGACUCAAAGUUUGCAUCGGAGUCUUCUAGUGUGAAAGAGGCUGAUCAGGAUGAAACUUCCCCUCUAAGAAGAAGUUCUGAACCAUUGGAUCCUAAGCCAGUUUCUGAUCAUCCAGUUUCAGGCACUUCAGCAGAAGGAAAAGAUCCAUCUGAACAAUCAUCAGCUAAUCAACCAAAUCCUGAUCAUCAUAAAAGAAAUCAAGAUGCACUAGCUGCAGCUAAAGAACGGUUUUUGGCACGGAAGAAGGCAAAGCAGCAGUAA